AUGCGCCAUUGGUGGCGUGAGCUCUUUGUUUGGCCACUCGACGCUCGCUACUUGCUGGAGGCUGGAGAUUGGUGCUUUUUUUUUUCGCCUUCAGCAUCCGCCCAGCUGGCCACUCGCAGACGCCGUGUCGUUGCCCAGCGGGCUCGAGAACCGUCGAUGGAAUGGGGCCGAGGAGGGGUCCUCUGGCCAAGCGAGCGUUUGCGAGCAGUCAAAUCGCCGUGGGGCGAUGGCGCCAGCAGGCUAGUCCUUUGUAAAUGCGGGAGGCGAGGACCAGGGCGAGCAAGCAGACAGCGAUUUGGAGAUUGA